AUGGAUACUAGGGAUGAUAAGCAUUUUGCCCUUGCACUUCAGAUUAGCACUUUCAGGACAGCACUGAAGGGGUUUGAAAAAUUGGUUGAACGUACAGCGGCCCAGAAAAGAGAUGAAAGAUUAGGUUUGUUUAUCCAAAGAAAAGAUGCAAUCGAUUAUGACAAGUUUCAUGCAGCAGUGCAGGAACUCUUUGGUCCAGAAGUGAAGAAUCAAGAUGUGAAAUGCUUUUACAGGAAACUUUGCAACAACCCUAAUGCAUCUAUGGACUGGAGUGAGAUCUUUGGAUACCUCUGCUCAGAAGAGGAUGCUCUUGCUUCCCAGUUGGAUGAAGAAAAUUUGGUUUUCCUUGUUUCCAGAAAACAGCGAGUUGUAAUUUCAGGUAGUAGAAGAAGGGAUGUGAUCAAGUGCAUGGUCAAGGUUCCUCAACUGGAUUUCCUAAUAGCAGCUUCUCAGAAAGGAUUAAUAACAGUCUUUAAUGGCCAGAUGAAAGUUCAGACCAGCACCAAUGUAACGGAUACCUCCUGGAUUACAGGAUGUGAUUACCUCUCUCAGCUGAAAAGAAUUGUUGCCACUACAGAAAGGACUAUUAUUGUCUGGGAUUAUAAAGCUCAAGGGAACAGCCAGGAAAAUUAUUAUAUCAUAAAGCCUAUGGAUCACUGCCUCCUCUGCGUGUGUGUAGCAACCCUGCCAGACCAGCUCUGCAGAGAUGACAUCCUCUUGGGUGAUGAUGGUGGCUUUGUGAAUAGAUACACUGUAAAUAGUGAUGACUUUGGACUAAAGCAGGCAAAAACCAAAAAGAAAUUACAAAAUCAGGUCUUAGACUCAAAGAAUUUUAAAAGUGUUAAAAGAAAGCUACAUAAUGACUGGGUUAUGAAAAUUAGAUAUAUUCCAGCCCUAAACUGCUUUGGAUCCUGCUCCUUAGACAGUGUUCAUUCAUUAGUUUUGGAAACCUUGAAGAGACUUGAAGAUAAUUUGCCUGUCAGAGAGUUUUCCAUGCCCAAAGGAGCAAAUACUUUUUGUUACUGUAUAAAAGCAAAUGUAAUUAUCACUGGAGGAGAUGAUAAAGUACUCCGGCUGUGGCAUCCCAAUAUAAGCACCAAGCCAGUGGGGAAACUUGUUGGACACAUGUUCAGUAUCACCGAGAUUGUAACAAAUGAAAAAGAUCAACAUGUCAUCAGCCUUUCCUCUGCAAAGGUUUUCAGAGUAUGGGAUAUACAGACACUUUCACUAUUACAAGUUUUCCAUGACAGACAGGGAGGACCAGGAGACAUGCAGAUUUACUCUAUGGUAUAUGAUUCCAAUCAUGGAAUGCUUAUUACAGGAUCUAGUGUUAUGGACAUGUAUCCUUCGACUCGGAUGAUACAAGAUACAAAACAGAUUCCUCACACUCAUGAAAGAGAAAUUAAUGUCAUGCUUUACAACAAAACUUUUCACCAAGUACUUACUAUCUGUUCUGAAUCCGUAAUUAAGGUAUGGGAACUAGAGACCGGCCUCCAAAUAUACCAAAUUUUAGACCCUCAUGGCUUCGGUGUUGAACUGACUGCUGCAGCAAUUGAUGAAAGUGGAUUAGUUUUUGCCACCGGAGCACUUAAUGGAACAGUUAAAAUCUGGGACUUCGGCAGUGCACAAGAGAUGAAAGUGUUGCCUGAAGGGAAAGACUGGAAGGAUGAAGAGCGCUUGCUGAAACGCCUGAUUUUCCUGAAAUCUCAAGAAAAGCAUGAGUAUUUCAUCCUUGCCUUGGAAUGCAAUGGGAAGAUCAAGAUGAUCCAGGGUAAGGAAGAUGAUAUUUGCCUUGCUGUGAUAUGGGAGCUGCCUGAUGUUAUGCCUGUCCUACAAGAUGGGAAGCGUGUUGUGCAACUGAGGACAUCUGCUAAUCAAAGGAGUGCAACUAUUCCUUUCCCACAUGUGGAAUUGAUACUUGAGAAAAACCUUGCUCAACAUGCUAAACAUUCUGCCAUGGGUAUAGAAGUGAACUGCAUUGAUUUAUUACAAGUGGAAGGAUAUAAUUUGAUAGCUGCUGGUACCUUAAAUGGUAUAAUCAUCAUAUGGAAUUUUCUUAUGUCUACUGUCACAGAAGUGUUCCGACCUGAAGAUUGCCUCACUGUGGACCCUGACUUGGAUCCCAAACGCUUUAGAAUUAAUGACAUCCUGUUCCUCUUUCGUACCCCAGAAUGUGCAAGGAGAUCAAGUCAGGAUUCAAUUUGUUCUUCAUCCCAAUACGAUUCUAGCAAAAGUCCACAGAGUAGCAAGGGAAGCAAACAAAGUAUACAUGACAAUGAACCUAAAGGCGAACAACGAGAUGUCAUGGUGGGAGAGCAACAGCCAGUGGAUAAAAAGCAAACUGCAGGUACCAAUUUAGCAGAUUCUCAACCACCUAUCCUUGUCACUGCACAUGAGGAUGGACACCUCCGACUGUGGACACUGGAGGGAAGACUACUGAAAAAUAUGCUACCUUUCACAAAACAUUCUGCCAUUUCUCUGACAUCGCUGUAUACUGAUUCAUGUACCAGGGUACUACUGGCUGGAAAUGUGGAAGGACACGUUAUCCUUUGCAGUAUUGGUUCCUUCCUGGAUCCACCUCAUGAUGAAAAGAAAUUCAAGCAGCUGCUUUCCUGGCGUGCUCAUGCUUUAGAAAUUAUUAAGUUGAUCUAUGUAGAAGACAGACAAGUUGUGCUUACUGCCUCCAUUGAUGGCUCAGUAAGGCUCUGGCAUGCCUUCAGUGGUCAUUACUGUGGAUAUUUUGGACAGCGAAGGAACUUUGAAAUGUCACAGACAGCUGAUUUCAUUUUGCCUUGUGAUGUUAAUGAACAUCCCAUAGAACAUAAACGAAGAGAACCAAGUUCACAGAGAAGAAGCAGCAAGAACUAUGUAUAUCCUCUGAUAUUUGACAGGGAAAAAUGCAAAAAGAUGAGUUCAAUGUCUUUGCUUUUCAAACGUGUGCCUCCCAAGCCCUUUGAAGUGGAACGGGAUUUUAAGUAUUUCAAGUCUCUUUCUUCACCCCAAGCAUUCACUCCUCUGUUUUAUUAGAUUCGAAGAUAUGCCUUGGAAGGUUUCCUGACUGAAAACAGAGAAGCAGGGAUUGUAUUUGGUUCUCUACCUAUAUAUAGGGUGAGUUGGAGUUCCAGUACUCUAAGAUUCCUUCCACUCAUUGGUUCAGAAACCCACAGGGACUCCUUAGAUAUCAUUACAGGAAAGAAGAAGGGAGGUCAUGUUCAACAUGAAAAACCACAAUGGAGGAGAAGUCUGAAAAGACAUUUGGUUCCACAAAUAAAUCUGGCUGCUUCCUUCUUUCCUGCUAUUCCCAAGUAA